GCAAUCAUGGACGAGGAGCUCUCGGAACUAGAAAGCGGUGCGGUGAUGAGAGACCAUAUCCUGGAUAUGAUGAACGUUUGCUAUCACGACCUGCUGGACCAGUCGUCGCUCAAGGACGAACAACAGCAGGUGACCAUGUACACUGGCGCUGAGUGGUCGCCGGACACCACCACGCUGCUGCCGACGCAAUCGGAAGGCAGCAUACCUUUACGGCGAAGCCUCUGGCACACUGCGACUCCUGGUGACAAUCAGCGACUGGCCGCGAAACAAGGCGACAGCGUGGCCAUGCAGAGCAAGUCCGGCGAGCUGAAGGCCAGCGACAGAUGGCGCUCCUUCGUGAGCAAGGCGCCCCGGCCUUUGGUCCUCAUCUUGAUCGUGCUGGUUGUCGCCAUCGCAAUCGUGUUCGCCUACGCGAUCAUUACCGGCGCCCGCCUUGCUCCCGAUCGCACGAAGCAGGGCCUGGCGCGGUCAUUCAACGACACGGAUACCGCUUUGGGCUGA